AUGUCCAGCACUGCCAAGAAAGAGAAAUGGAGGAAUGGCGAAGCAAAGCGGAUCCUGAGAAUGCAUAUUCUUGCCGGGUCGAUCAAUGAAGGGACUGAUCUCGAUGAUCUGCAUGGCCGGCACCCCGAAUACUUGAAGUGGCCCAUUGCUCAAUUCAAACGCAAUACAAAAGCAUUGCUGAAGUCGUGCAAAGACAAACCUAACAAAGCGCUCGAGAAAUGGGGCAAGAGUGAAGCAAAGGCGCUUCUGAAAAAUGACAUCCUCGAUGGGACAGUGACCCAAGAAAGCGACGCACGAGAAGUGCACAAUAGCCGGAUUGAAUAUAAGCAAUAUCCUUUCGACAACUUCAAGACAAACAUGGGCAAUUUGAUUGAGUUGGUCCAUAAGGAGUAUGAUCGAAUGCGUACAGAUUGUGAAGCAUAUGGGCACGAUAUGGCCAUCGUCGCAGACCUCCACAGCAACAACCCACCUAUUCCAACUCCUUGGCACAAAUCUGCGGCCAAGAAAUUGCUAGAAAAAGAUAUUGAGGAGGACAAACACCUCUUGCCAAAUGGAGACAAACUCAUGCCGAUUGUUUUAUACAAAUCGAGAGUCGAGUAUAGGGAGUUCAAACUCAAGAAAUUCCGCGGGCAUUUGUAUCAAUAUUUGGAUAAGCGAGAAAAGGCAAAGAAUGCCCACCGCUACAACAAGAAGAAAACAAGAGGAAAAGCCCCGGCUACUAUUGUCCAUAAUGCUCCUACCCGGACCAACAAUGAAAGCUAA